AAAGAAGGUCAUUGUCAGAAUUGGGAGCAGACGAUUUUGUCGAGAUGGUCAGGAUUUCUUCAGAAAUGUGACACUAUUUCGAGCGCAGAAAGAUGUCGAAGAUUUUCAAGAAGGGAGAGAAGGCCUUCGAAACACCUCGUCCUUUUAGAUUGAAUCACCAGAUAUUAUGUAUAACUGGGGUCAACUUUCAGAGGAAGUCCAUAAUCGGCUAUGUUGAGCUACAUCUCCUCCCUCUCAGGUCGGGGGUCAACCGCAUCUUUCUCAACAGCAAACAGUGCAGAAUCUACAGAAUCUGCAUCAACGAGGUCUGGGAGGCAUCGUUCAUGUACAGUGAUCCUUCCUUGUCCAUCUGUCAAAAUGAAACCAAGCAGCGUAACCUAGAUUUUUUCUCCGGGUGUCACAACACGGCCACGAACUCGGUGGACCCAAACCAGGCCAACGGAGAGCUGCUUAUCAAGAUCCCGCAGGACGCCAUGCCCCUCGUCAACGAUCAGAAGAUGCUUCGGGUCAGCAUUGAAUUCUCCCUGGAGAGACCCCAGGGUGGGAUCCACUUUGUUGUCCCUGACACCGAAGGUUCUAUGGCAGAGAGAGCGGCCCACAUGUUCACCUACAGCCAUGAGAACUCCUCCCGGGCCUGGUUCCCUUGCAUCGACACCUACUCGGAGCCUUGCACCUGGAAGCUGGAAUUCACCGUCGAUAAGGCCAUGACGGCCGUGUCCUGUGGCGACCUGAUGGAGACGGUCUACACGCCGGACAUGCGCAAGAAGACCUUCCACUACGCGCUGAAUCUGCCCACCUCGGCGCCCAAUAUCGCGCUGGCUGUAGGCCCUUUUGAGAUUCUAGUUGACCCCGUCAUGCCGGAGGUCACCCACUUCUGCUUGCCUCAACUCAAGCCGCUUCUUGAGCACUCCACAGCAUUCUUACACGAGGCCUUUGAUUACUUUGAGGAGUGUCUGGGUACCAGAUAUCCUUACAGCAACUACAAGCAAGUGUUUGUUGACGAGGCGUACAAAGACUACUCUUCAUUUGCUACUCUCUCUAUCUUAAGCACCAACUUGCUGCACUCCCAGCGCAUCAUCGACCAGACCUUCAUGACCCGCCGCCUCAUGGCCCAGUCCCUCUCCGAGCAGUUCUUUGGCUGCUUCGUGGGCUCCCAGAGCUGGUCGGACCUCUGGCUGCCCAAAGGCAUCUCCAAGUACCUGACGGGCUUGCUACUCAAGCGGAUGUUUGGGGUCAACGAGUACCGCUACCACAUACACAAGGAACUGACGUCACUCUGCAAGUACGAGCAAGAGAUUGGUGGGGUCAUCCUUCACCCGGAUCCACCGACCGUCCAAUCCACCGACUCGGACGACCCCGAGAAGAACGCGGCCAACCCCACCACCCCAAAGUCCGGGGAGAGCGGGGCCUACUUCCCCAUCCGCAGCCCCCACACGGUGUCCUGGCGAUACCUGGACAUGUUGAGGGUGAAGGCCCACCUGGUCAUGAGGCUGAUUGAGCUCAGGAUUGGACAGGACCUGCUGCUACAGGUUUUCAACAAGCUUUUGUCCCUGGCUGCGUCGGCUGCCAUGCUGAAGUUCAUCACCAACUCCUGGGGGAACAUGCUGCUGUCAACAAGCGGAUUCUUGAAGUCUCUCUCCACGGUGUCGGGCAAGGACCUGUCCCUGUUCCUGGACCAGUGGGUGUACCAGGGCGGCAUCGUGCAGUUCACAGGCAGCUUCAACUUCAACCGGAAACGGAACAUCGUGGAGAUAGAGUUGAGACAGGACACGGGGCGGAAAGGGAUCCUGAAAUAUGUCGGACCUUUAAAGGUGACCGUUCAGGAGCUAGACGGCUCCUUUGAGCACACUCUGCAGGUGGAGGAUAAUGUCACCAAAGGAGAUAUCACCUGCCACUCAAAAAGCAGACGGCAUAAGAAAAAGAAAAUCCCUUUGGUGAAUGGCGAAGAAGUGGACAUGGACCUCAGCACAAUGGAUUCUGACUCGCCCGUUCUGUGGAUCCGCAUCGACACCCAGAUGACCCUGCUGCGUCAGGUGGUCUUCCAGCAGCCCGACUUCCAGUGGCACUACCAGCUGCGCUACGAGAGGGACAUCGUCGCGCAGAUUGAGGCGAUACAGAACCUAGAGAGGUUUCCCAGUCCCUCCACAGUCAGUGUCCUGACUGAGAUCAUCGAGAACCGACAGUGUUUCCACAAAGUGAGAAUGGUCGCUGCACACUCACUGGCCAAGAUUUCUAAUGAGCUGGUCGCCUCCUACAUGGGCCACACGGCCAUCAUCGCCAUGUUCAAGAAACUCUUUGGCUCCUACUCCUGCGCCGACAUCGUCAAGCAGAACAGCUUCAGCAAUUUCAUGGACUACUUCUUGCAAAAGACUCUGCCUGUAGCCCUGGCCACCAUACGCAACGCUCACUCCCUGUGCCCAAAGGAAUCUCUGGACUUCCUGGUCGACCUCAUCAAAUACAAUGACAACACCAAGAACAAGUUCUCCGAUAACUACUAUCGGGCCUCACUCAUCACGGCACUGACCCACACCAUCACCCCGGCCGUCGCCAUGGUCAGCACCAGCGUGGAGAACCUCACACCGGAGACAAGGAUUGUCCUGGAGGAAGUAACUCGCUGCCUGAACCUAGAGAAACUCCUUCCUUGCUACCAUCACCGUGUGACCAUCAGCUGCCUGCAGGCCAUCCGCACCCUGCAGAAGAACGGCCACCUGCCCAGCGAUCCCACCUUGUUCCAGACCUACGCCCAGUACAGUCACUUUGUGGAGAUCAGGAUGGCUGCUCUGGAGUCCCUGGUGGAUUACGUCAAAGUGGAGUCUAAUGCUGACAUCUUCUCCUGGCUGUUGGACAUUGUGGAGCAGGACCCCAUGCCCUCGGUCAGACACCGCCUGUUUGAGAUGCUGACUGCCAAUCCGCCCUUCAAGCAUCGGGAGACGUCGGCGCUCAACAACGAAAGCCUGGUGGAGAGGCUGUGGACCCUCAUGAACUCCGGUACCUCACACGAUGCCAGGCUGCGCUGUGAUGCAGUAGACUUCUACCACACUCUCUAUGGAAGGAGCCGACCGUCUUGCCUGCCUAUACCUGAGCUUGGCUUGAUUCUUAAUUUAAAGGAGAAACGUACCAUGCUCAACCCAUCCAUAAUUAUUCCUGAGGAAGAGCCUUCGGUAAGCGACUCGCAAUCCGUGGCUGACAGUCAGGAAGCCAAAGACGACAGUCCGCCUUCCGGCGGAGAGAGCAGCCAGGAGCGGAAACGAAAGAGCAUCUCCCCGCUUCCACCACCCUCGUCAUCAGCCUCGUUGUCAAGGCAACGCACCGAGCCCAAGAGCGAUGAGGAGGGCAGGGAGGAUCAGUCUGCCAAGAGGAAGAGACCAAAUCUUGAAACCCAAGGAAGCACCAUCUCUUCAGAGUCGUCCUCCGAUGAUGAGGGGGCGCCCUCUAGCGAGAAGACGGUACACCCGUCGCCAGUCUCGCGACCGAUCAAAACCGAGCCCAGCACUCAGCCGACGCCCAGUGUCAGAGUCAAGGAGGAGUUGAUUGGUGUGCCUGGAUUGACUAAACCUGUGGAUUUCAAGUAUCGCAUUCCCAAGCUGAACCGUAGCAGCGAUGCCCCCCACGAUGCCUCCACCUCCAGCGGCUCCAACAAACCCCACAAGAAGAAGAAGAAAAAGGACAAGCACAGGCACAAGAAACGACACGACAGGGACCCGGACCGAAGCUGAAUAAACACUUUGACUCAAAAUUAGGGUGCUGAUUUUGCAAAGAAACUUGCACAAUCGUGCUUGAAUUGUUGAACGCAGAGAGUGUCAAAUUCCUUCACUAACUCAGAAUACACAGUACAAAAAUUGGACCCAGCAUAUCUGUUUUGGUUUACAAAAUGGUCAGAAAAUGUUCCAAUGUCCAACCGUAAUUUCACAGGCUAGGGCAUAAUUGGCUUUCGACCAGGGCAACUGGUAUAUAUGCACAUGCAGUGAACCUUUGCUAAAAGCGGCUCUCUUGAGACAUGAGCAGGCCACGCAACUUCUUCAGAUCUCUUGCCUGGAGCCCAUCAGACACUUUCUAGACAAGAUUUAAGGGAACAUACCACCUUAACUCAAAACUGAAAAUCCUUCCCACCCCCUAUUCUUCAGGAACAUUAUCAAUAUUAGGUUUUGCCCUUCACCGAUGUAUGCUGUAUACUCGGUG